AUGUCGGCGCGCGGCGGCGGGCGUCCGCGGCGGCCCGGGCUCGGGCUCGGGCUCGGGCCCGGGCUGUGCGCGCUGCUGUGCGGCGGGCUCCUGCUGCGGCCGCCCCCGGCCGCCGGCUACGUGCUGGUGAGCCCGGUGUCCUGGGCCGUGAGCGACGAGGCGGACGAGGAGCUGCACAGCGCCUCGGCGGAGGACGCGCUGCCCGCGCUGCUGGAGGACUCGGGCAGCCUGUGGCAGCGGGGCUUCCCGGCCGCGGCGCACGAGGAGGACGCGCCCGGAGCCGGGGGGGCCGGGGCGGCCGCCGCCCGCGCCCGGCCGCCGCCCGCGCCCCGCGGCAUGUUCUCCUACCGCCGGGAGGGGGGCGGCCCCGCGGCCCGCGCCGCCGCCGCCGCCGCCGCCGCCACCGCGCGCUCCCUGGCCCACGCCAGCGCCGGGGGCUGCCUGGCCACCGCGUCCGCCCUGGGGAAGAUCCAAGGACUGCCCUUCGGGAGCUGCCUGGCCGUCAGCGACGGCCCGCUCAGCAACAGCACUGGGAUUCCGUUCUUCUACAUGACAGCCAAGGACCCCGUGGUAGCCGAUCUGAUGAAGAACCCACUGGCUUCGCUGGCGCUGCCGGAGCUGGAGGGAGAGUUUUGCAGGAAAAACAUCGUGGACCCCGAAGACCCCCGGUGCGCUCGCUUAACCCUCACGGGCCGGGUGAUCGCCGUGUCUCCAGCAGAAGUAGAAUUUGCCAAGCACGCCAUGUUUUCAAGGCACCCGGGCAUGCGCAAGUGGCCCCGUCAGUACGAAUGGUUCUUCAUGAAGAUGAGGAUCGAACACGUCUGGCUUCAGAAAUGGUAUGGAGGUGUCGCCGACAUUUCAAGGGAGGAAUAUUUCAAAGCAACUCCUAGAAAGGCCUGACGGUGUGAGAAGAGAGUCCAUGGCGUUUGCACUUCAAAUGGGAAGUGGGUUUGUUUUUCCCCCCCAAGGGCUGCAGCUAGAGAGGAGGGCUGCCUGUUCCUGGAAGGGCUCCCCGC